GGGAGGAGGGAAAGGAGGGGAGGGGAGGAGGGAGGAAGGCGAGAGAAAGCGCGCUGCGUGCGGCCCCGCUGCCCAGAGCCAGCCAGCAGCGCGCCCUCGGCGGCUCCGGUCCCAACCGCGCCCGCCGCCUCGCCUCCUCCGCCUCGGCCGCGUCCGGACUCCGGGGCUCGCCCGGCCUCUCGGAGGUCCCCGGCCGCCCCGGCUCUCCGCUGCACCGCCCGGCUCCCGCCCCGCAGUCCGCCCCGGGGGAAGGUAGCAGCGGGCGAGCGCGCCUUCGCCUCCAGCCCCGCGUCCCAGCCCCGCGCGGUGACGAAGGACGGGGAAGAUGAACGGCGGCGGCAAAGCCGAGAAGGAGAACACCCCGAGCGAGGCCAACCUUCAGGAGGAGGAGGUUCGGACCCUGUUUGUCAGUGGUCUGCCUCUGGACAUCAAGCCCCGAGAGCUCUACCUGCUCUUCAGACCAUUCAAGGGCUAUGAAGGUUCUCUCAUAAAGCUCACAUCUAAACAGCCCGUAGGCUUUGUCAGCUUUGACAGUCGCUCAGAAGCAGAAGCUGCAAAGAACGCUUUGAACGGCAUCCGCUUCGAUCCUGAAAUCCCGCAAACGCUACGACUAGAGUUUGCUAAGGCAAACACGAAGAUGGCCAAGAACAAACUCGUAGGGACUCCAAACCCCAGUACUCCUCUGCCCAACACUGUACCUCAGUUCAUUGCCAGGGAGCCAUAUGAGCUCACAGUACCUGCACUUUACCCCAGUAGCCCUGAAGUGUGGGCCCCGUACCCUCUGUACCCAGCGGAGUUAGCGCCUGCUCUUCCUCCUCCUGCCGCUUUCACCUACCCCGCUUCACUGCAUGCCCAGAUGCGCUGGAUCCCUCCGUCCGAGGCUACAUCCCAGGGCUGGAAGUCGCGGCAGUUCUGCUGAGGCUGUGUUUGAAAACAUCCUGCCCAGUUUUGAUCCCUUCAAGACUUCACAACAGCCUCUAUCACACAUCUGUUUUCCUCAAAGAAAAAAAAAUAUAUAAUAAAAUGUGUUUUACUCUUUUACACUGUAUAAUUUUUGUUGAAGAAAUGUGUUAUUUGUGAAUGCAUGGUCUGACAUUUCUGCAUAGUUUGGCGACAUUGAACAAAGACAUCAGCAGUAAAGCCAAGAUGAUUAGUAUUUUUAUAAGACAUUUUAAGAGUGGACAGAUGGACUCUUACACUAGGUUACAUCACGACUUUUCGCUUGGUUUUUGAAUGCUUUUAAUGGUGUUUAUCUUAUUUUUGUUCUGAAAUAAGAUGCAUGUUUGAAGCAUAUCUGUCUCUAAAUAGCAUCAAACUUUCCACAGUUGUGUUGGAAAUGUGUGGACUCCCUCUGCCUGGCCCAGAGUCAGGCCCCAUUAGUAACUUGGUGUAGAGAUGACCUUCUGCAGUAUUAGCUCUGUAAUCCUAGCUCCCAGGGAUCUCACUGCAAGACAAUCAUUGCCCCCAAGAGAAUUUACCAUUGUAGUGUAUUCACCACAGGGCAAAGACUACUUAAGUAAUGUCUCUGAAAACCAUGGCCACUCUGGCUGAGACUAUACCAACUGUGUCCAGGGACGUAUUGACAUUCUAUACUUACACCCUCAGAAUGUACCACCUUAUAUAUAUCACCCAUUUUCUAUGGAAGCUUUCCAUUUCUCCAGUGGAAUUGUAUGGUCCACCUUACAUUUAAGUGGAGGGACCUUAGUUUGGAGGCAAACACUGCCUCAAGAGGAGCAGGCUUUUGCCCCCUCAGCCUGCAGUGGGCAUCACAUCUCUCAAGUGAUUCAGCAAAGCACUGGCCUACCUGAGGAGCUAGCUGGUCUGGCAGCCAUGUCAGAUAGACCGUCGUCCAUGUUUUCUGGAGUACUGUGUGCUCAUCUUGAGACUACCUACUACAUUGCACGUUGUGGGGCUUGAAACCGUGGCCCUCUGCAAUGAAUAAAAAGUCUUGCUUCAAGACUUCUUCAAAGCCCAAAGUUAGUCUUGUGUUGUGUGCCAACACAUUUCCAGAGGCUGUGACGGCACAGCUUCUCCUGCUCCUCAAACAAGAGCCAUGUAUUAUUAUGUUGACCUCAGAAUUUCCAGCUGCUGAUACUAGACAUAAUCACAAUCUUUGUAUCUUUGUUAUUGAUCUGCUUGUGUUGUGUUGAAAAAGGUCAUUUUAAUGAUUUUAUCAGUGGUUUGGGAGGGUUAUUUCAUUAUUUUUCAUGAGAAGUAAUGUCAAGUUUUUAAAGGUUAUUAAAACAGAGACAGAAACACCAAGGCCUGGAGUAAGGGCCUUUUCACUGUAAACUAGAGGACGGGGCAGGCAGCACUGGGGAUAUCCAGGCUGGUGUUCAGGGACUGUUCAUCUGCCCCUCCCCCCCACUUGACUGUGAGACUCUUCUACUUGCUUCAUCAUCAGUUAUGCUUUUAUAAAUUGUGUAAAGGUACUUUUGUAUUGUCAUUUUUAAAAAAAUAAUAAUAAAAGUUUAUUCCAGCCAUUA